CAAUUUCUUCGUAAUGCACGUAGACAUAUAUGAAAGUGUUAUUUCUGUCAUUAUCAGCGAUAACAAGUGCGACAAGGUUGAUUGAAUUGGUGGGAAAGCGAUAUUUGUGUGGCACCUAUAUAUAUAGUAAGAGUCAUGUAGUAAUAGUAUCCUGCAAUACAUUCAACAUGAUUAAGAUAAAUAAAACUUGAACUAGACAAGGAGAAACACAAUCAUCUGACUAGUCGUUGGGAUAACUCUGCUUGUGUGAUAUUUAAUCGGCUGCUAGGAAUGUGCUAACUGAAUUGCUGUCUGUGAGAAUAUAAUAAUUUAUAUAUUUAUAUUAAUAAAAAGCUUACUGCUAUCACCUUUAAUUAACAAGAAAAUAACAAUUUACGCGAUGGAGUCAUUAAUGAGAGUGUCAUCGCUAAACGUCAAGAGAUCGGCAAAAACGCUAAUAUUGUCUCGUUCUCAGUAUAUUAAGUGUCACAGGACACUUACCUCUCAACAAAUAUUUGAUCGCGAAUCUAAAUAUGGUGCUCACAAUUAUGAUCCACUUCCCGUGGCUCUCUGUAGAGCUCAGGGUGUUUUUAUGUGGGAUGUCGAGGGAAAACGAUACUUUGACUUUCUAAGUGCCUAUUCGGCAGUUAAUCAAGGUCAUUGUCAUCCUAGAAUCUACAAAGUGAUGAUCGAGCAGGCGAAGAUUUUAACUUUAACAUCCAGAGCAUUUUACUCCAAUGUUUUGGGUGAAUUCGAAGAAUAUAUUACGAAACUUUUCAGAUAUAACAAAUGGUUGCCGAUGAACACUGGCGUGGAAGGUGGCGAAACAGCGUGCAAAUUGGCACGCAGAUGGGGAUACACGUGCAAGGGUAUACCGCACUAUCAGGCUAAAAUAAUAUUUGCGAGAGGCAAUUUUUGGGGAAGAACUAUGAGCGCUAUUUCUUCGAGUAUCGAUCCCACCAGUUACUACGGUUUCGGACCGUUUAUGCCGGGCUUCGAACUCGUACCCUACGACGAUCUCCCAGCGCUUGAACAGGCUCUCGCCGAUCCGAAUGUCUGCGCCUUUAUGGUGGAACCCAUUCAAGGUGAAGCUGGCGUCGUGGUGCCCAAGGACGGAUAUCUGAAAGGAGUUCGGGAGCUUUGCACGAAGCACAAUGUUUUGUGGAUUGCGGAUGAGAUACAGACUGGCCUGGGCAGAACGGGAAAACGGCUCGCUGUGGAUUAUGAAAAUGUAAAGCCAGAUAUUUUGAUCCUCGGUAAAGCUCUGUCCGGAGGAUUCUAUCCCGUUUCCGGCGUGCUGGCGAACGAUCCCAUCAUGCUUACGAUCAAACCUGGCGAGCACGGAUCUACUUAUGGCGGCAAUCCUUUGGGAUGUAGAGUCGCCCUUGAAGCGCUUCACAUUCUGGAGGAAGAGAAACUCGCUGAGAAUGCGGAGAAACUCGGUCACAUAUUAAGAGACAAGCUUAGAAAGUUGCCAAAGGAGAUAGUCACUCUAAGAUUCUUCUUCAGCAUUGUAAAGGAAUCGGAGAAGAGAAGAUUUUUGAGUUCCCAACAAAUAAUUGAUCGCGAUAACAAAUACGGCGGUGUACACUUCAAACCACUGCCGGUUGUUCUCUCUCGCGGGGAAGGUGUCUACCUGUGGGACACUGAUGGAAAGAAGUAUCUUGAUUUCCUGGCAGGAUUCUCGACCGUCAGCCAGGGCUACUCUCAUCCACGUCUGGUAAAGGUAAUGAGAGAUCAAGCUGGAAAAUUAGCGCAUACGUCAAGAGCCUUCUACUCGGAACCUCAUGGCGAAUUGGGAGAAUAUCUAACGAAACUCUUGGGAUGGGAUCGGUUUUUACCUAUGAACACAGGUGUCGAAGGUGGUGAUACAGCCGUAAAAUUGGCCAGACGUUGGGGCUAUAGAAUAAAAAAAGUUCCGAGCGGCAAGGCUGCCGUCAUCUUCGCGAAUGGAAACUUUUGGGGUCGUUCAUUGGCGGCCUUAUCGGCUUCAACGGAUCCAAACUGCUAUACGGAUUUUGGUCCAUAUGUGCCUCUUUUUGAGAAAAUACCGUACAAUGAUCCAAUUGCUUUGGAACAAAAAUUUCAAGAGAAUCCCAAUAUCUGCGCGUUCAUGAUGGAACCCAUACAGGGAGAAGCUGGCGUUGUUGUGCCAACUGAUGGUUAUCUGAAACGUGUGAGAGAAUUGUGCACGAAAUACAAUGUUCUAUGGAUCGCCGACGAAGUGCAGACUGGUCUUUGUAGAACUGGUACACGUUUGGCAAUUGAUCAUGAAGGCUAUAGACCAGAUAUUCUUAUUUUGGGAAAAGCACUUUCCGGCGGAAUGUACCCGGUUUCCGGUGUUCUGGCAGAUGACGAGAUAAUGCUCUGUUUGGAAACAGGUUCGCAUGGGAGCACCUUCGGUGGGAGUCCGCUCGGAAACAGGGUCGCUUUAGAAGCGGUAAAGAUUUUGGAAGAGGAAAAUCUGGCAGAAAACGCAAAGAAACUUGGAAAAAUUCUGAGAGAAGAACUAAGUAAGGUGCCAAAGGACAUCGCGACAGAAUUCCGUGGACGCGGCCUUUUAGCCGGUCUCGUGAUUAACAAAGAAUUCGCCGAGGGUUGGGACAUCUGUCUGAAGCUGAGAGAUGCUGGAUUGUUGACGAGACCUACACACGGUCAAAUCAUCAGAAUAUCACCUCCAUUAACGAUCACAGAGGAACAACUGCGAGAAGGAAUAAAUAUUCUCACUACAGUCCUUAAGAGCUACGAAUAAAAAAUUUAAGAUAUCACCAAUAUUGUAUGAUAAACUUUUUUUACGAUAAGAUAGAUUACCUUUUUUUUCCAUAUUAUUCUAUUCAUUUAAAACAAAUGCAUUCUAAAUUUCAAAGAUUCUUAGAUUUCUCGAAGAAACAAUGUGAUUGUAGAAACGAUGUGAUUGUAAGAAAAUAAAAAAUUGUAGCCAC